UCUCCACAUAAAAAUAUCGCAUAUGAUUCAUAUUGUGCGUAGAUUUAUGCACGUUUUAGCCUGAACCAUUUAAAAUGGCGACCACGUGCGACAACGUUGUUAUAAGAGAAGCUAAGGAAGAUGACUGUGAAGGAAUUGCAGUUCUUAUUAAGGAAUUGGCUGAGUACGAAAAAAUGCCACAUGGACCCAAAAUUGGGGCCGAAACUUUGCGACAAGAUGGUUUUGGAAAGGAGCGUAUGUUUCGUUGUUUAGUUGCUGAAGCUGAAAAGAAAAUAGUCGGCUAUGCGUUGUAUUUCUUCAACUAUUCGACAUGGGAAGGAGUUAGCGUUUACCUGGAGGAUCUGUAUGUGACACCGUCAUAUCGACAGCAGGGAAUUGGAAUUGGCCUUUGGAAAGAAGUGGCUCGCGUUGCAGUUGACCGGAAAUGCAAUCGUCUGGACUGGGUAGUCCUCGGAUGGAACACACCGUCCAUUCACUUUUAUGAAUCGAAAGGCGCCAUAAAUCUUACACAGACGGAGGAUUGGAAUCUUUUUAGACUCAAGGGAGACAAAUUAAGGGCUUUUAUACAGUAAUUCGAGGCAAACAAGAACCAUCCAGUAAUUUUUUCUAACCAAAUUGUUUGUCUUAUUGUAACAUCGUAUGUACGGGAAAAUAUAACGGGCUAUAGAA